AUGUUUUACAUCGAUCACAAUUCCCAUGAGCGCGAACGAAACAUGACCUGCCUGGGCUCCGUGUUUGAAGACAUACUCGGAAGAAGUAUGGUUACGAGUCAUGGACGAGAUGAAAUUCGGAGAUGUCGAGGACCUUUCGAGAAAUACUUCUCAACCCAAGCUGUGUCAGACAGCCUAAAAGUUAUGGAACAAGAAUGUGUAUCGUUCGUAGAAACCUUAACUGUUGGCAAAGCAGUCGAUCUGAAUGAACGAACCCUAGGCAACCUUACACUUCGAAUCCUGGUCCACAAGAUUUAUGGAAAGGACGUCCUGGAAAAGUAUUUUGGAAGGAUUUUGGAUAUCUUUGAUAUGCUUCAGGAUACUCUGGAAAUGGAUAAUUUGGGUGUUACUAGACUGCCAUUUUAUACGUAUCUUCCCACAAAAAAGAAAUGGAAAGCGCGCUCGUUCAACACAGCUUUGUAUGGCUUUAAUCGAUUCUUGUUCAAGGAAUAUGAAGAAGGGCGUCUCCGUUCAAGGGAAGGUUGUUUUUUUUCCAUCGUAGAAAGUAUAAAAACUCAUCAAAUCGAACUUGAUGAAGAGGAG